AUGGAAGAUUCUAAAACUAAAAAAGGUGAUAAAAAUGUCAAUAACUCUGUAAAUGCUACCAAAGAAGAUGUUAAUAAAGAAAAAAACAAAUCUGCUGCAUUAUUAGAAGAUAUAAAAGAAGAGUCAACAACUGAAGAAGAACCAAUUUACCAGCCUUUUGAGGAAAAGAAUGAGGAAGAAACAAAAUUUUACUUUCUAUCUUUGGAUGUUUAUAUUCAUAAUAUGUUUAAAGAUAGUUCAUUAUGGAUCAGAUACUUUAUAGAGUGCUUAUUUGUUUGUUAUCUACUUUUAUUUCCAUUGUAUAUUUUAGCUGGAUUAUCAGGAACAAUCGAUAUUAAUUAUAAAACAUUAAUUGAAGAUGCAACAACAAAAUUUGAUAUCAUAUUUAAGUUUAAUGUCUUCUUUUCCGCGGUAUACACAAUAUUUUGUGUGUUUUAUAUUUUAGGUGAAAAGUCACUUAGUUAUAUUUCCAAAAUAAUAAUUCACUAUGAAAGUGAUAAUGAUGAAAUAUUAUGGUCAAUAGCAACAACAAUCUAUAAUGAAAGAAUGUAUAUGAGAAGAGCUAUGGGAUUUGGAUUUGCAUUUUAUCUAGCUAAUGUUAUGUAUGGUAAGUAUGAAAGAGUACCUUUUACAUUUGAUAUCAAUAUGGAAAUAAGUAAAACAAUUAUACUUUGGUUAUUUAUAUGGAAUGGAUCACUUUUUAUAACAAGAUUAGUGUUAAAUACACUUACAAGUGAUAUAAAAUUGAAUGCCUAUAAAAGAAAAAUUAAAGAUUUAAACUACAAAUCAUUUAUAUUUAAAAAAAUAACAAAAAUUUCACAUGCGAGUGAUGAAAUAAAAAGUGAAAGUAAUUCUAAUGUAGAUGAAAAUAAUGACUAUGAAAUGGAAUAUGAUCCAGGAUUUUUUGUUAAAUUUAAAAGUUUAUUUACUUCAACUGAACAGACAAAAAAAUUGAUUAAUAAUUCCUUUGCUUUGUUGGGUAAAACUUAUUUAAGUUAUGAAGACGUUAAAGAAUAUUUUCCUGAUAAUCAUGAGAAUGUAUAUAAAUAUCUAUCAAAUUCAUCAGAUCCUAAAAAGAAGAAAAAAAUCAAAUUAAAAUACAUAAGGGAGAUUGCAUUAUCAUUGUAUCAAAAUAGAAAGAAUAUGAAAAGAACUUUAAAAGACAGAGAUAAGAUUUUUGAUUUAUUUAUUGAAAUAUUCACUAUAAUUGUGUCUUAUGCUAAUUUAAUAUUGUUUCUUUUUUUAUUUAAGAUGGAUUUCACAUUCUUUACAACAACUCUUUUUUCAUUUUUACUUUCAUUUACUUGGAUAUUUGGUGAUUCAAUCAAACAAAUUUAUACUUGUUUUUUAUUUUUAUUAGUAAUAAGACCUUAUGAUAUUGGUGAUUAUUUAGUUAUAGAAAAUAAGUAUUACACAGUGUUUACUAUGAAUUUAUUUACAUCGGCACUUUUAUCAGAUUCAGAGACACUUACAUACAUGUCACAUAUAACUUUAUUUGAUAAAGAUAUUAAAAACAUAUCAAGAAGUCAAUCAAUAUCACUUAUAAUCAAAAUAAGUAUAAAAGAGGGUUCUACUACUUAUAGUAAGGCUCUUAAGUUACAAGAUAAGUUUACAAAUGAACUUAAAAAGAAAUCAAAUACCUAUACUGAAUGUGUUCUUUAUUCCCUUGAAUCAAGUUCUGUUACUUACAAAUUCUUUAGUAAUGGCCCAGGAGAUAGUAAGAAAGACUUUGAGAAUAGAAGGAGGAAACUCAUUAAAAAUGUUGAAUCAAUCUCUAAAUCAAUUAUUAGCACACAAAACAGUUAUAUCUUGUUAAAUAAUGAAAUUUAA